AUGCUGAUGCCAACGCUGCCGUCGCUGCCGUCAAGGCUGACCCAAAGCUUGCCCACUUUGCCAGCAAGUUGGUCCCAGUCUCAUACGCCACCCAGACUGUUGCCGGAACCAACUUCUUUGUCAAGGUUCAGACUGAGCAUGGAUACAUCCACGUCAGAAUCUUCAGAGACUUGCACCAGCACUUCUCCCUGCACUCCAUCCAGGAGAACCAGACUGCUGAGUCCCCAAUUGCCUACUUCUAAACGGUGUGUUUGUUCGAACUCCCCCAAAAGAACUGGACGAGAUGCAUUCAUUGGCAUGCAUGAUCGCCAUGCCAACACAAUACAUCCUUUGUUUAUUUGUUAU